AUGACCAGAGUAAGGGUCGAAACGUCAAAUAUAGACAGAGGACCUGCAAGUCAAAUAACACAGGAAAAAAACAGCAAUAUGGAAUCUGCAGAGACACAGCAGAAGCAUCUGGAGAAACAUAUUGAAAUCGAAACCUGUUACGUCUUGAGCGCGAGAUUUCGGCGCAAUAUGGAAUCUGCAGAAACACUGCCAAUUAUUGUUGAUAACGCGGAUGCUGAGAUAGUUAAACCAACUACAUCCAAGGGUACAAAACAGGACAUGAAAUCAUCGAAGGAUAGCCCAAGGAAAAAGAAGCUGCGUUUGAAGAUUGCAAAAUUGAAGGUACAAAACAAAACGCUCCGCGAAAUAAUCCGACGACUCCGUUUGAAAGAAAAAAAGAAGAACAUACAAACCGAAGAGGCUAACGAACAUGAAACUUUAAAAAAAUUAAGUCAUGAAAUGAGCUUGAAAAGCUUUUUAUUUUAUGAUAUAUCGCGGGAUGAGAUAAUCGGUUUUGAAGAUUUUGGUGAUAGGGAAACAUCCGUACCCGCAAAAAGUGCAUUAGUUAUAAUGGCACGUAGCAUUGCAGGAAACUGGAAACUGCCCGAAUAA